GCGUCUCCUUCAGGAAGCUAGGUGUUACAUUUUCAACGUUUACAGAACAUGCAUUUAAAAUCAUAUAAUUCGGUUAAGCUCCUAUAUUAAUUAAAGUACACCUCAUCGUUUGAUCAUGGAUCAUGAUGAACAUUUUCAUGACUUGCGUCUUCAGUUCCAAAUGCUGCAAAAACAGCAGAACAAAAGAAAACUGGAUUUGAAGAAGAAGAAAGAACAGAGCAAUUUCAAUGUGACUGAUUCACAGGAGGAUUUGGAUCUGUCAAAGCAAGACAUUCUGGAAGGCAGUGCAGUGGAUAGUCUGUUACAGCAGCAAAAUCAGACUCUCUUGGACCAAGUGCGAGAGCUCAGAGAUCAAAAUGGUCGACUCUUCAAACUUCUGAGCGAGAAGGACUUUGAGAUGAAACAUCUAAAGAAAAAAAGAGAUGAAGAGAAACUGGCUUUAGCUGGAACAUCAGGCUUGACUGGAGUUGUAGCUGCCACCAAGAUUGUUGAACUUUCCAAGAAAAUUAGAGAGCUUACUGCAGAAAUUGAGCAAGAGAAGAUUCGAUCCAAGCAAAACAGAAACAGGAUCCAAGAGCUUGAGAAAGAGCUGCAAGCUGCUUUGGAGAACUCUGUACCAGGGCGGAAAAAAACACAAAAAACACAGGAUAAGAGCCCGUCUGAAGACUGUGAGGAAAAUCCAGUGGUCAAGUCCCUGCAGGAAAGAUUGGCAGCUGCUCAGCUGAAAGUGACAGAAUAUCGUAACCAGGUUCAGUCUGCAAAACAGGAGUUAAAAGUUGCUCAGAAGGUUUUACUGAGUGAAGUUGGAGAGGAGGUCAACCUUCAGCAGGUACUGAACAACCCAGGGAGCUUUAGAGGACGGUCCCAGCAGAUUCUUGCUCUCCAAACAAGGGUGCAGGAGCUUGAGCGGCAGCUGUGCCACCAAAGACAGUCAGGGAUUCCAAGUGGAGAGCAGCAGUUUCCUGCCCCGGGGGUCAAUCAUAAAUCCCCUUCCCAAAAUAGGAACCUGAACUACAUCCGGACCAUUGAGAAGGAAAAGAGGGAGUCAUAUGAGAAGCUCUCAGCAGAUUAUGAGGCCCUUUUGAAAGAAUGUGGGGAUGUGAAGAAACAGCUAGAAGCUUCUAAAGCCAGGAGCAGAACUCAGUCGGAGGAAGUUAAAAAUCUGAAAGUGCAAAUUUCUUCCCUGCGGGAGAAAAGAAAACAUGAUGACGAGCUCGUGGAUGUCUUGAUGAAACGGGAGAGCCAGAUGCAGACGUUGCUAAAGCAGCUCAGCCGACAGCAGAGCGAACAGAGCAAGGAGGAUAAACAGAACCCAAGACAACAGCUGGGCAGUGUGCCUCUAGAGCACAACAAGCUGAUCCAGAAGCUGAAGCUUGUUGUUGCAGAGAAAGAUGCCACAAUAAGAGAACUGCGGGAAUUGUCCAAUCAGGAAGCGAGGGUGGACAGGCAGUCAAGCCCAAAGAUAAAAAGCUGCAACUCAAGAAUUUGCCCAGAAGAUGGAGACAGUAUCAACACAAUAACACCCUCAGAAGAGAAAGACGUGAAGCAAAUGUGCUUGGAGGCAGAGAAGAAGUACCACGAAGAGCGCCGCAAGAAUGCGAUGCUGGAACAGCAGUUGGAAAGGACAUUAGAUUCAUUAUAAAAGGACCCUGUAGUGAGCCUGGUAAGGACCAUUAUAACCAGGUGGUUGGUGCUGCUGGAAAACGCUCUUUUCCAAUCCUACAACUCAUCAGUUAAAACCUAACCUGCCUCAAUCUGGCUGUCAUGACUCUGUUCAUCAUGAGUGGUGGUGCAGGAGCUAUAGGGCUGAAUAAAGUGUGAACAUACAAACUGAACAAACUGGAAUCGUAGAAAACAAUUUAAACCUGCUAUCCUUAUUUGUGUUUUGAGCUGCUUCUGAUUUCAAACCUGACAGAUAUUUUCCACCCAUAAAAAUGGAACGACUGAAGAAAUGUGAUGAUAUGUGGCAGUGGUCUCAGUUCCUAUGGACAGGGUUAGUUUCUGCCCCUCAUAUGUUGCCUGGUUAUUGUUGUUUGCUGUCCUCUGGCUGGUCAUUCAGCUGGAGGAAACAGUCUCUAAGGGCAUCCUGAAAGAGCACUCUCGAUCUCACUGUGCAGCUUUAUGGUGACGUGAUGGGACAAGUCAAGCAUGUGUUGUUGUUUUUUUUUUUCUUGGAGACUGUGACAGCAUUGACAAGACACUAACCAGGGGAACUGGCUUCUCCCUGCUCACGCUUUAUUUCUACUAAGCCCUACCUUCUCCUGUCACAUGUGACAAACUGCAGCCUGCAGGAAGCAAGUUGCCCUCAAUAGUCACAUACACACACUGAACAAAAUUCUAUAUAUCUUAUUCUCAGUUCAAGUUUGAAUGAUUUGUAAAGUCAUGUCUGGUAACUUCAGGUCGAGGACUAUAUAGGAACUUUUGUUGAACAGCUUCCUGCUUGACCAUGAUGGAAGCUGAUAAUACUUCCUGCUUAUUUCAGGGCUAGGUAAUAAUCUGUUCUUCAGGUUUCAGAGGGAAAGCAUUGAUAUUAUCUCUGCCAGUUGGUCAAUGACUGUUUUUGUCACAUUCUAUCUUGUAAAAAAAUGUUUAUUUGCUUGUAACCCUGUGUAAAACAUAAUAAAUGUCUGAUUCAGUCAGUUGAUACAAACCAGGCUUUUCCCAAAGAUUUUUUUUAUACCAGAUUGACCUUAAUUUUCUUACGUUUUCAGCAUUUUCCUCCUAAUCUGGUAGAUAUUUUUGGUGGUGGAUGUUAUUGGAUGAAAUUGCAGAAUAACAGUGAAGGUCGCUAUUAUUCCUGUUAGGGUUCUCCUAAUGUUGGAUAUUUCUGUACAAUAUCAUCUCUAAUCAUUUCUGACUUAAACCCAGAUGUCUGUGAAUAGUUGUUAAAUGUGAAUGCAAACAGACUCCACCAGCUGACUGAUGUACAUUUUUAGAGCAUGGUGCAAAAGUAAAGUAUAAAAUCUUAGA